UUCGUACGCGGAAUGCGAUUCAGAUUCAUAUUCAGAUUCCGAUCCCCCGGCCAACUCCAGUUCGGACGGAAACAAAACCACGGCGAGCUCCAAGAGAUUCUUUCAUUCGGUUGUUUGACAUCGUCGGGUCAAGUUGCCUCCGCAUCCGAUCCAAGUCGGUUCCAUCUUCACAGCUUUCGGUUUCGUCUCGGAUCUCGGGGCCCACGUCGAUUUAUUUUGGCCGAAAGAGAAAACUCGUUUCGGUGGCGCGAAGAUGGUGAUGUUGCUGUGUGGAAUGAGGAAAAAUGUAUCGAUCUCGCGAGUGGUUGAAUGUGUUAAAAUCAAUUAGCAUACCCCACGGGCUGCUGCUGUUGCUGUUGCAGCUUCUGCCGUGCUGCGUGGCCUUUGUGAAUGAAUCGUCGCCGUCUGUUUUCGGGCCCGAGAAGCUGCAGGCCUUCAAGAUCUUCGACGAUGAGCAGCCCAGCCCGAUCUCGGGGCGCAGCUUCAUCUGCGUUCCGCUCUUUCGGAUAUUUAGCCUGGAGCUGGGCCACAACAUGCGGCUGGCCCCCGACGAGUAUGUGGCUGUCACAGGGGACCACCCCGCCCUGGGCUUCUGGCAGCUCGAGAAGGCCCUACCGCUCAAGGCGCAGGAUAAGUCGCGGUCCAAGUGGUACCUCCGGGUGUGGAUCUGCGCCAGCCAGAGAUUCUACUACCGCUACGUUGUCUACUCGAAGAACGGCCAGGGCAAGCGGGUGCUGAGGAGCUGGGAGGGUCAGAGGGUGGCCAGAAUGCUGCAGACCUACGAGAUCUAUCGUUCCCCGGGCCUGGACAUUUUCGGAGAGGCCUAUCCCACCUCCGUGGGCGGGGGAUUCUACAUGGAACGCGGCUGGCUGCAGUACGAGUACGUCAUAGAGCUGAAGUUCGUCUGGCAGGACCACCUGGUUAUAUCUGGGAUGGCGAGUGGGGCCAAGUACCGCAUGAUCCUGACGCCGCUGAAUAUUAUAGACGACACCCGCAUUGAGGUCUGCCGAUAUGCCUACAACCAGUCGUCUUUCAGAGCCCAAAACCAACGGGGAGUGCGCUACAGCCAAGGCUCCAUUGUCGUCUUCCGCAUUUAUCAGCCCUUGGACACCCACAAUGCCCUUCGCCUGUCCAUAUACCAGGUGUCCAGGGACGUCCAGUUGUCCGUGGGUGAGGCCUACAUAUUUCCGGAUCAGAUCAAGGGAAGUCGGGGCAUUUUGCAGCUACCCGUGUUUGCCAGUCUGCAAAAUAUCGCCAUUGGGGAGCUGACUCUGCCUUACUUGGUGGUUCAACCCAUGCCAAAAGUGGAGGCCGGAAACCUGAGAGCGAGCUUCCAUCACUACUGGCCGGACAAUUGGCCUACUUUGGAUGUCGGGUAUCGUGGAUUGGGCGCCAGCUACUUCCAGUCUUCAACUAGUCUUACGGAAAACACCAUCGAGAGUUUUCUGGCCGUGCAGAACGCCAAGGCAGACAUGGUCCAGCUGGAUGUGCAGCUGACCAAGGACUACGUUCCCGUCGUGUGGCACGGAUUCGGAUUUUAUACCUCCGACCGAGAGGGGUCCAUAAGGGAUCGAUUUGACUUGAGAUUCGUACUGAUCAGGGAACUUACUUACUCCGAACUGAAGGCCAGCCGGGUGUUUAUCCUGAAACGGUGGACCCUCCAGGAGUACACCCACCUCAAUGUCAAGGAUGUGACUCAACAUCACAGAAUCUUCCCCAAACUCUCAGAAGUUUUUGAGGCUCUACCAAAAACAUUGGGACUCAUCGUGGAUAUUAAGUGGCCUCAAAUAAUGGCAUCGGGAGUGCCGGAAUCCACCCAGAAUCUGAACAAGAACACCUAUGUGGACAAGAUCUUACAGACCUCAAUAUAUUAUGGGUGCGGACGUCCCCUAAUCUUCGCCAGCUUUGAUGCCGAUAUAUGCACCAUGAUCAGACUGAAGCAGCAUGUCUUUCCUGUCAUCCUGAUGAGUAUUGGCAGGUCCCAAAUCUGGGAUGAGUACAUGGAUCUGAGGGCCCAGAGCUACCAGCAGGCCAUUAACUUUGCACAGUCCGCAGAGAUCCUGGGAACCGCUCUGCAUGUGGAGAACUUCCAGAACAAGCACCAGUUGGUUAAUUCGGCCUUGGACCUUGACCAAGUUCUCUUUUUGUGGGGUAACGAUCUUCAGGACAUCCAUCUUCUGGAGCAAUUGCGAGCUUUGGAUGUAACCGGCCUUAUAUACGACCAGAUGGAUCGAGUGGGUCCCUCCAGCUGGAAGCGGUCCUCCUUCUUCCGGGCACCUCAACUUAUGGAAGUAUUCGGAGCUCAGUGCGUGACCAGCGGAAACUCAACAAGCAUUCCGGGAAUAAAGCCAGCUAAGCCAACAAUUUGGCCAAAGUUAAGAUAGAUUUUGGGUAAGAAUAGGAAAAUGUUAUUUAUAAGUUGUAGGAAAGUAUCUAUGAAGCUUAGAGUUUGAAUAGGAAUUAGUUUAAAUUCAAAUUUUACGAUAUAUAAACGAUAAAGAAGUGUAUGGUGAACAAGCUCAGUUAUAUUAAAAGCCAAAAGGGGUAUAAAAAAGUCAAAAGUAACCAAAUUUAGUAAUAACGAAAUUUUAAACAUAUAAAUAGAAGUUGGUUUAUUAAAAGUAGGAAAGAUUUUUACCUAGUUUUUAGGUAAAUAUAUACGUAAAAUGUUUUACUACCAGUCUACAAAAUAGGUUGUUUAAAACAAGCAAUUUGCUUUAUAAGAUUUAUAAUGGGAUGAGUAAGUUUUUCCUGUUCCGGUUUACAUUUUGUCAAUUCUGUUUCAUAUUGUUUUGUUCCUGUGUGUUCCCGUUCUGAAAUAUU